AUGUUAGACCCCGAAGUCAGCACCAUCGGCACGCUUACCAACGUGCAGAAUUCUCUUUUUGUCCCAGAUUUGGGCGGGUUACUUAACCGCCGGCCCACAUACGACCUGACAAUGAGGCCUUCGGACCUGGAAUCGCGAGCUCGAUCGCGUGCAAACACUCGAACCGGGGCUCGUCCUCCAUCUUCCCGCCUACCUACCAUCCAGCAGGAAGCUUCCGGGUCGCCCGGCAUCGAGUUGCAGCAGCCUCGCAAAAGGCGAACAUCAAUCUCUUCACGACUUAGCGACUCCCAUUAUGCAGUGUUGCCGCACGGUGUUGACUUGGACGACUGGAGUAAGGAAGAAGUUGACGAGCUUAAUGAUCACGUCCGACACCUACUCCAUUCGCGAAGGGAAGGCUUUAAGCGCGGCAUGAGGGGCUUCCGCAAGUACUUGAGUCGUCCGCUUGGGUUGUUUGUGUUCCUCUACGCCACGUUCGUGACACUUUUUGGUGCUGCUUGGGUGUUCUGCUUAAUCGGAUGGAUCUACGUGGGCUCAGAGCAGGACUACUUCAUCAACGUCAUUGACAACAUCCUGGUUGCGUUCUUCGCGCUGAUGGGUGACGGCCUGGCUCCAUUCCGAAUGGUGGACACUUACCACAUGUGCUUCAUUGCGCACUAUCAUCACCUCACCUGGCGGCUACGGCAGGAGAAGCAUCUGCCAGAGCUUGUCGACCAUAACGACCUGCCUGACCACCGCCUGGAUGCGGAGGCAGAAGAAGAUGCGCUCGAUCGCGCAGAAACCGCCGAGUUCUCCGUGCUUUCGCCGCGUCAGCAGCGCCGGUUACAGUACCACCAAGCGAAGCCUCACGAGACUGGCACGCAUCAUGCUUUCCCAUUGCGGCUCCUGGUCGCGGUCGUGACUUUGCUCGACUUUCACAGCAUUUUUCAAAUCGCGCUGGGUACAUGCACCUGGUCGAUCAAUUACAAGGUCCGACCACAGGCACUCACAGCUACAAUUCUAGCCUGCUCGCUCACUUGCAACAUCACAGCAGGUAUUUUGGUCAGUAUCGGAGACCAUCGCACCCGGAAGAAGGAUGUCUUGGAGCGCAUCUUCCGCCAAGGCUUGACGGAAGAAGCUAUUGAACAUCGGGAUGGCGCACCGGAUAUAGUGGUGGAUGACGAGGCUGUUACUAACGGCGCGAGUACUGCUACUGACUUCGCUAAUAAGGAGUCGUUUGCGGGGUCGAGUUUGGAUCAGCAGCGAGCAAGUACUUACUCUGGCACUUAG